AGCUAAAUAUUCAUCCAAAACCAUUCACAUUUGAGCUACCCCAAUGGCUGGGCAACAAGAGAUGAAGGAAGAAGAGCUGAGUUUCUCUCUCCGCAAAGAGAGUGCUUGGGCAUCUCCCUAUUGUCUCUAUCAGUUUCAAAAUUUUCUGUGUCCAGCUAUUCACAUUCAAGCUGUGAAUAACUCUCAGAAAUACUUUGAAGCAAAAGAGAACGAUGUUGUUGUUGCCAGCUUUCCAAAAUCAGGCACCAUUUGGAUGAAAGCCCUUGCUUUUGCCAUUGUGAACCACCAGCGUUUGUCCACCGCUGAAACCCAUCCAUUACUCACUUCCAACCCUCAUGAACUUGUUCCUUUCAUUGAAUUUAUCUAUUCUGCUGAUAUUCCUGAGCAGAAUCUUCGCCUAUCCAAAGUGGCUGAGCCAAGAGUUUUUGGCACACACACUCCCUUGCCUUCGCUGCCAAAGUCCAUCGUGGAGUCCAAUUGUAAGAUAAUUUACAUUUGCAGGAACCCUUUUGACAACUUUGUUUCUGCAUGGAAUUACUUUAACAAAAUCAAGCCUGAGUCUCUACCUGCAUUGCCAAUGGAUGAAGCUUUUGAAAUGUACUGCAAAGGGAUAAUCGAUUAUGGGCCAUGGUGGAGUCACAUGUUAGGGUAUUGGAAGGAGAGCAAAGCCAGGCCAAACAAGGUUUUGUUUUUGAAGUAUGAUGAUCUUAAAGUGGAUACCCAUUUUUAUGUGAAGAAAGUUGCAGAGUUUUUUGGUUGUCCUUUCACCCAAGACGAGGAGAAUAAUGGAGCCGUUGAAAAGAUAGUCAAACUAUGUAGCUUUGAGAAGAUGAAAGAUUUGAAAGUGAAUAAAUCUGGAACAGUGGGCACAGGAGCUGUUGAGAAGAAAAACUUUUUCCGCAAGGGUGAGAAAGGAGAUUGGGUUAAUUACUUUUCCCCUUCCAUGAUCGAAAAACUAUCCAAAAUCAUUGAAGAAAAGUUAAGUGGAUCGGGUUUGUCUUUUAAAGAGUAUUAUUAGCUAAUCCAUGAAUGUGCUGUAAUGGGUGCUGACCAUCUUAUUCUCCUUUUCCCUUUUGUUAAAUAAGAAGGUGCCAUAUAUAAGUUGCAGUAAUAUGUGAGUACCUCAACUGUUACCAUCUAUCAUCAGUUGUAUUGGAAAUGUGUGUUGAAGGUUUUUUUCCCCUUUUUUAUGUCUCUAAUUUUAUUUACUUAUUUGUGGAAUUUUGUAUAAUGAGAAUGC